GGGCCUCCAGGCUCGUCGUAUUACCAAGCACAAGUGGAGACGACACCAAGUAUUUGGAAUUCUGCUGGGGAACGCUCAUAAUUCAUAUAGAAAGAUGACUAUGCCCAUGCACUGCUGACAAACGCUGCAUAAAACCAGAACGGGCGGACCUGCUGGCCUGCCGAAUCAGGCAAUCUCCCCGCACCUGAUGAUGACAUCGCCGGCCGCCUUUGCAAUCCCGUCCCGCCAUUCAUUCCUUCGCCUCUGUUCAUUAAUCCUGCCUCGGUCCGCUCACCAGUCUGAGUAGUAUGCUUAUAUUGCCUUCGAUCACCUCCCGCAGACUUGCUUCGUCUUUCUUCCCUACCAUCUCGCAGAAGAAUUCUGUUUUCCGUGCUGCUACUUUUACCUCGCCCAUCUUCGUGAGAUCCAUCCAUACCACGCAAACCAUGUCUUCCGCAACUAGCUUUUACGAUUUCGAGCCGGUGGAUAAAAAGGGAAACCCCUACCCCCUCACCAGCCUCAAAGGCAAAGUCGUCCUUGUCGUCAACACAGCCUCCAAAUGCGGCUUCACGCCCCAAUUCCAAGGCCUCGAGACCCUCUACCAGAACCUCAAGGGCAAAUACCCCGACGACUUCCUCAUCAUCGGCUUCCCCUGCAACCAGUUCGGCAGCCAAGACCCUGGCUCCAACGACGAAAUCCAGUCCUUCUGCCAGCUCAACUACGGCGUCACGUUCCCCGUGCUGGGCAAGUUGGACGUGAACGGGGAGCAGGCGGCGCCUGUGUGGACUUGGAUGAAGGAGCAGCAGCCCGGCGUGCUGGGGCUGAAGCGCGUCAAGUGGAACUUCGAGAAGUUUCUUAUCUCGGCCGACGGGAAGGUGGUGGGGCGGUGGGCGAGUCUCACCAAGCCCGAGUCGUUGGAGGAUACGAUUGUGAAGGAGAUCGAGAAGGCGAAGAAGGAGGGCACUUUGGCGUCGGCGAGUGCGGGCGCGGGUGGUGAAGCUGCUGAGCAGGCGAAGUUGUCCUAGGUUUAUUUGUCUGGGGUGCGGGAUACGUGUUUUUUUUGUUCAAGUUGCGAGUCUUUCUGUUUGUCUGCAAUUGUGUAUAAUAUGUGACUUAAGGGCGAGAGAUCUUCCAUUAUGCGGUGAUACGCUACAUGCUCACCGAGAACAUUAAU